AUGUCACGACUACUCCAACCAUUUCAGCACGUCCGGCGGUUUGCAUCCAGUGCGUCCAGUGUGCCCAGCGUGGCCCCUGGUUCGAAUGCCUCCACUAGGUCUGCUGACCGGGACUUCGAACUAGCGAGGCAGUGGCUGAAGUCUUUGAAUUCCCGCACCAUUCCCCGCCAUCUCGGCCAGAUCUCGUUCAGCCGGUCUAGCGGACCAGGCGGUCAGAACGUAAAUAAAGUCAACUCCAAGGCAACCCUGAAGCUGUCCCUGAACGCUUUGCUUCCUCAGGUUCCAUUCGUACUGCACGCUCCUCUAAGGGCUUCCCGCUAUGCCGUCAGCCAGGGCCAGGCCUUACUGAUCCAGUCCGACGAAUCCCGGAAACAAGCGAGCAACGUGGACUCCUGCUUCGACAAGCUCCACCAGUUGCUCCGAUCUACGGCCGAGGCGGUUAUUCCGGGCGAAACUUCCCCGGAACAGCAAAAACGGGUGCGCGACUUGCAGCGCGCUCAGAAUGAGGCUAGACUACAAGGAAAGAAAUUUCAGAGUAAGAAAAAGAGUGAUCGGCGGUCAAGCAGGUCCGAUUAUGAUUGA